AUGACAGAGAACUAUCUUCAAAAAUAUCACUAUGAACGUUUAUCAAAUAUUCGUCGUUGGCAAAUACAUUCUGGUUUAAAUCAUUUCUGUUUCAAUGGACAUUGUAUUAUUGGACGAAAUCUUUCUGGUGCAUUUAUUAUUAUUAGUAUGAUUUCAUUCGUAACUUUAGUCUGGUUAAUUUUUGAAUUACCCGUUCUAUUAAAAGAAUUUGAUAAUAAUCUUAUAAUUCUAUUCAUUGGUCUUCUUCUGAUUUUCUAUACAUAUCUAUAUUUAUUUCGAGCAAUGUGUACAGAUCCAGGUAUAAUACAACGUCCAUCAUUAUCCGAACGUUCACAAUUAAAAUUAAAUCGAAUGAAAUCUGAUGAUUCGAAUAAUAUAAUAUAUGAUAUUAAAGUAAAUAAUAUUUCAGUUAAAUGUAAAUAUUGUGUGACAUGUCAUAUGAUUCGAUCACCACGUUCAUCACAUUGUGCUAUUUGUUCCAAUUGUAUUUCUAUAUUUGAUCAUCAUUGUCCAUUUUUAAGUACAUGUAUUGGAAUGCGAAAUUAUCGAUUUUUUCUAUUAUUUCUUAUUUUUUUAUUACAAACAGAAUUAUAUUUCUUUGUAACAAGUUUAAUUAAAAUAUUAAUCUAUAGAAAUAAUGAAAUAUUUUUCAAAUUAAUACCAUCAUAUUUUAUUUUAAUUAUAACAGGUCCGAGUGCACUUUAUACAUGUAAUUUAUUAGGAUAUCAUUGUAUGAUAUCAAUUCGUGCGUUAACAACUCGUGAAGAUGAUAAAGGAAUUUAUAUGAAGGAGAAUCCAUUUAAUACUCAUUCAUGGUAUCUAAAUUUAGCUAAAAAACUUUGUACGUCAUUACCACCUAGUGCAUAUGGAGCACAUCGAUUAGUAAAUCAAACAGAAUAUCGAUUAAUCAAAGAGAAUAUUUAA